AUGGAUACCCAGUUUGACCAAAUUGGAAAACAAUUUGCUAAUAUGUACUACACCUUUAUGGAGUCUGAUAGGAAGUCUUUGGCUCAGUUCUAUACAAAUGAUAGUAUGAUGACUUUUGAGCAGAACCAAUUUAAGGGACAGACUCAGAUUUUGGAAAAGAUAAUGUCACUUCCCCCUUCUAAGCAUACAUUAGUAACUUGUGAUUGCCAACCUUCGCCGAAUAACGGAAUUGUUGCUUGUAUUACAGGUGAUGUAUCUCUCGAUAGCAAUCGUCCUAUGAAGUUUUCUCAUGUUUUUCAGCUAUUUCCUAACGGCAAUAGUUACUUUGUGUUGAACGACAUUUUCCGUUUGUGUAUCGGCUAA